AUGCUGAUCUCCAACCAUUCUGGUGCUAUGACCUUCACAUUGUUGGGCAUUCCUGGUCUAGAGGCCCAGCAUUUAUGGCUCUCCAUACCCUUCUCAACCAUGUUUGUUGUCAUCCUCAUGGGCAAUGGUAGCAUUCUUUUUCUGAUAGCAACAGAGUCCUCCCUUCAAACACCCAUGUACUUUCUUCUGGCCCUGCUGAUGGUGUCUGACUUGGUAUCUAGUUUGGCUGUGCUCCCCAGGCUUCUCUGCCUCUUCUGGUUUGGUGCCCAUGACAUUGACAUCAAAGGAUGCCUUAUUCAGAUGUUCUUCAUCCAUUUUUCAUCUGUAGUACGUUCGGGCCUCCUUGUGGCAAUGGCCUUUGACCGUUAUGUGGCAGUUUGUGACCCACUUCGUUAUAGUACCAUACUCAACUACACCGUGGCAGGGCAGUUGGCUCUGGCAGCCUUUGCCAAAGGACUAUUCCUUAUCUUGCCUAUGCCAUUACUGCUCCAGAGGCUGACCUUCUGCAAGACAGUCAUUCCUCAUACCUAUUGUGAUCACAUGGCUGUUGUGAAGAUGGCUUGUAGUCAUACCAAGCCCAGUCGUAUCUAUGGAGUGUUUGUAUUCCUCCUGGUGUUAGGCCUGGACCUCCUGCUUAUUGGAAUCUCCUAUGUAUUCAUCUUACAUGCUGUGUUGUGCCUCUCAUCCCGAGAGGCCACUCUAAAGACACUUAAUACCUGUUCAGCCCACUUCUUUGUUAUCCUCAUCAGCUAUGUACCUGCACUUUUCUCCUUCCUCACUCACAGAUUGGGCCUUAUCAUCCCUCCUCAUGCACACAUCUUGCUUGCUAAUCUCUACUUACUUACAUCUUCACUGUUCAACCCUAUUAUCUAUGGAAUUAAGAUGAAGGAAAUCCGGGGCAAAAUGGCAAAGUAUCUGUGUAGGAAGGGUCCUUUGGUCACCAACCCAGGACACAAAGGUGGGAGUAAAUAG